AUGAAUUCUGAACUUGGGAGGCCUAUCACGGAUAAGGAGGUGAAAUGUGUUGUUUUUCAAAUGCAUCCCACUAAGGCUCCUGGUCCUGAUGGUGUAUCGGCUCUCCUCACGACGGCAGAAGCUGAUGGCGUUUUGAAGGGUAUUAAGGCGUGGUACUUCCCAAAUACUGAGUUUCUUAAUGCUCUGGUUAAUGCCAAUGGGUCGUAUGUCUGGAGGAGUAUUGCGGCUGCAAGGCAUGUGAUAAUUAAGGGGCAUUGUUGGCAAGUGGGAGAUGAGGUGAAUAUCAAGAUUUGGCAUGAUAACUGGCUACCGAAAGAUUCAUAUUUUAAAGUGCUAAGUCCUCCACCGGUGAAUUGGGAUACGGAGGUUACAGUGGACAAGCUUAUAGUGUCACAUUCGCAGAAUUGGAAUGUUGAGCUGUUUCAACAGUUAUUCUUUCAGGAAGAGAUGGAGCGAAUCCUACAUAUUCCGUUAAGCUUCCGGACGGUUGGAGACAGACGAGUUUGGCACUACGAGCGUCAUGGGAAAUUCUCGGUGCGGAGUGCUUAUCAUGUUGCGAGGGAGAUUGUAUCUAAGGGUGGGGAUGGUGUGAGCAUCUGUGCUUAUUUGUUGGAUGAUGGCCGCGACAGGUUAUGGAGGAAGCUGUGGAAUGCUUGUGUACCAGGGAAAAAAGUGAUUAUGGAGAGACUCUGUGUGCUUUGUGGGUCGUUUGAUGAAUCGACAGAACACGUGUUAAGAGAUUGUAGUUUGGCUAAGGCUACGUGGUUUGGAGGGCUGGGUUUUCGAUCUGUCGAUAGAGAUGAUCAACAAUUUCUGCAAUGGGUUGUCGCCACAGGAAGUGGUGGUCCGGUCGGAGAGUUGGUUGCAGGAGUAUCAAAAAUGACACAAGAUCAUGAAAGAGUUCUCUUAGCAGCUGCAACUGGCUUUAGUGGAAAGACUAGUUCUGCGUUCGAGGUUGAGUUGUUUGCUACUCGUUAA